UAGCAACUUUACAAAUUGCUUUCCAUCAGCAGCUAAGUUAUCUAGCUAUCCACAACUUUAUUUUCUUUACUUUUCUUCUUCUUGAUAGACAUAUUGAUGUUUCGAUUGGUUCAUGGAUAUUGAUCCCUUGUGGAUUACUGCGGGGUGGUUAAUUACUACUGGUUCUAGUUUCAUGGCACCAGCUACCAAAUCAACAGUACUUCCUGAAUCACAAGCUAUGUUGCUGUUUCUUGGCCUUCUCUUGGUUGUUUCUCUUCUUGCUCGCCCCAUUGAUCCCAAGAAACUUACGCAAAGUCCCACCACAGAAUUGCAUCCACAGCAAACAAAGCAUAUACCACCUUAUGCUUCUUCUUCUGUUGCAGCUACAAUUUCUGGUUCCGAUUCAGGUCAACAGUUUAAAGCAGCUGCACAUGAAGUACCAAGCGGUCCAAAUCCUGAAUCCAACAAGUAAGCAAAGAGGGUUCAUAUUCACUGUCACGUACGGAACCACUAUGGCCAAUAUCAUGAUUAAUUAUCACCAUCCUCACUUCAUACAUCAAUCAAGACAUCAUUGAGUUUCCCUUAUCGAUGUCUUUUUGCCCAGCAAGCCAGGCGUAUGAAUAUAGCAAGCGUAAUCUCAUUUCUUUCCUAGUUUGUGUGUAUGUUUGAUUGUUUGUUUGUGUAAUUAUACUACUUAUGAUCUAUAUAUCUUGAAUCCAUUGAUGAUCAGUAAGACAUUUCGAAAGAAAUGAAUAAAUUAAUAUGCAUAUAUAUAAGCCAAUUUUAUGCAUUAUAUA